UCAGUGCCGAUAACGCUAUAUUCACAAUAUCAUGUAUAUAGCACAUGCUCGUUCGUAGUCACCAGUCCAAUGUAUUUCUACUAUCGAAGACUGUUGCUCAACCUGCUCGUAGCUCUUGAUGCAGUAAGAGUGAUCGUAUCCCUCAGCGGGUACAGACUUACACCCUUCAUAACACACGUGCAACUAACCGAUAAUCCAAAGUACAUGAACAUAACAAUAACGAUUACCACCACAGAGGAGGAAAAUCUCAUCGAUAUCGAUAUGAACGUGAUUCAACCGCUUCACAAUCCUCGGGCAAUCGUUGUCCUGUUCCUCGAUAUAGCGUCUGGUGCGUUUCAGACACCUUUCUAUAAUCAAACCAUCAACAUCUGUAGCCUGCUGAGACAUCCCGAUAAGCAUCGUCUGCUGCAAAUCGUGUAUCGGGUUAUGAAAAAGCAUGGGAACGUACCCAGCGGAUGUCCCAUCCCGGUCGGUCUGUACAAAUAUCGUGAUAUACACACGGCCCAGGUCCGACUGCCGGCGUUUUUUGGCCGAGCAGACUUUAUGGUGGAAGCAGUCGGGCUUAUUGGUACGGGUAAGGUUCGCACGUUUGAAGGACGCUGCUAUGGGCACAUUCGCGGUGUCAAAUGCAGCUCUGCGAGUCGGUGCUGAUUGCUCGCAAAAGCCCGAUGGUAUGCUAUAAAUCAGUAGCUCUCACGAACCACGUGCAACAAGACUAGAAACUAAGAAACGAAUAAAUAAAAUGGUCUACCAAGAGAGUUCGAUAAGCA